GUUUCAUUCCAAUAUUAAUAGUGCCACCAUGAAAAGUUUUUUCGCGCUUGUGUUCCUAGUGGUAUUGCACAACUCAAAAUGUGCCAAAAUUUUGGGCGUGUUUCCAAUACCGGUGCGUAGUCACUACAGCCUUGGAAAUUCUUUGAUGAAAGGUUUGGCGGAACAUGGGCACGAUGUAACCAUAGUCACACCCUACAUAGACAAGAACCCCCCCAAAAAGGGUUCCUACAGACAAAUAGAACUCACAGGGUUUGCAGAGGCCCAUGAAAAGCACCGUAAGAAUAUGAAGAUGUUCGAUAUGGAAGAUAUGAACAGCUUUGUAUCCUUGCCCGUUUUCCUCAGUAUCGCUACCGCCGGAGCUGAACUAACCCUCAACCAUACCAACGUCCAAAACUUGUUACACUCUGGAGAGAAGUUCGACGCUGUGAUUUUACCCCAAUUUAUGAAUGAUGCCCACAAGGGUUUUGCUGCCCAUUUUGACGCCCCUUUGAUUUUGUUAAGUCCGCUUGGGGCCAACACUUGGGUUAACAUGUUGGUGGCUAACCCCUCACCUACGUCCUACGUUCCAGACGCUUUGCUUAGUCUAUCUAGCCAGAUGACGUUCUGUGACCGCUUAACCAACACUAUUUUCCAAGUUUAUAGUCACCUUUUGAACCAUUUGCUUGCUUUCCCAAAACAAGAAAAACUCUACAAUCAGUAUUUUCCGAACAAUCCGCCUUUUUACGACGUACUCUACAACACGUCGAUAGUUUUAGUCAAUUCCCAUCCAAGUCUAAGCCAGCCUGUACCCUAUGUACCCAACAUGAUCGACAUUGGUGGUUUUCAUAUAAAACCGGCCAAGACACUACCAGACGAUUUGCAAAAGUUUCUCGACGAUUCCAAAGAAGGGGUUAUUUAUUUCAGCAUGGGUUCAAAUUUAAGAAGCGCUGAGUUACCACCCGAGAAACGCGAUGUCUUUUUGAGUACGUUUGCGAAGAUGAAGAUGAAGAUUUUGUGGAAAUGGGAGGAGGAUGUUCUUCCGGGUCAACCGAAGAAUGUGAAAUUGGGGAAGUGGUUGCCACAGCAAGAGAUUCUGGCACAUCCAAAUGUCAAGCUUUUUAUCACCCAUGGUGGUCUGCUAAGUACCACGGAAACCAUUUUCCAUGGUGUUCCCGUCCUGGCGAUACCCAUCGCAGGUGAUCAGAAACUGAACGCCCAUCGUAUAGUCAACGAAGGUUUUGGACUAUCGUUAGGGUAUAAAGAAAUUUCUGAACAAACGUUAACGCAGAAGUUAGAUGAACUUCUAAACAACUCCAAGUAUGCCAAAAACGCCAAAAAACGGUCAGAAAUCUUCCACGAUCGUCUCGUGGGACCAAUGGAAACCGCGGUUUACUGGGUGGAGUACGUAAUACGUCACAGAGGUGCCCCUCAUUUAAAAGUAGCCGGAGUAGACUUACCGUGGUAUAAAUACAUGCUGGUGGACGUCGUUGGGGUCAUUUUCAUAGCACUAGUGUUUAAUUCGUAUCUAUUUUACAAGAUUACAAAAAAAAUAUGUUCCUGGUUUUCGAAACCAAAAGUCCAGAAGGUCAAACGCUCUUAAGGUGUUUUUUUUUGUUGAACUACUUUUAAGAAUUGUUUAACUGCAAUCGAAUAAAGUGUGUUGUUUACAAAAUAAA